GCAUGUCAAUGGACCUUUUCUUGGCAAGCCCACGAUUCCUCGUUGCCAUAGUUGCAUGGCCAACUUUGGCAGCACCGUGCUCCAGCAGCCCGAGCUUGCGUCCGUUAUCUUUUGCUUCCAGUCUGGCGUCUACGCCGACGUCAAGAAGGCCUUCCGCGCCAUUAACUGCCUCGUCGGCUUUGCCGGGCACCAGUAUGUCGUCGACCCGUCGUUCCACUCUCGCUUCACCGACGGCCUCGCGCCCAUGACCCACUUUGGCGCCAUGUUGUACGGUCUGAGCGGCCUCGAGCGCGACGCGCGGCUGCCACUGCACGUGGCCAUCGCCCAAGGCUGUUUGCGCCUCACGCAGCGCAUCCUGAAGUGUCUUCCGAUGCGCAUCGGAAGACGCCAUCAUGCUCGCGUUUACCAGCAACCGCACCGAGAUCGCCGAGUUUUUUUAAACGAGCGAACAAGCGUGCCCGAGCUCUGCCGACCUGUCAACGCGCUGGUCGAGAGGCAGAGUACGCAAAUGCGAUGGGCGCUCGCGCAAGCCUUGCGCAGCAACGACUCGAAGACCCUCAUGCUGCUGCUUCGCUUUGGCGUCAGCAACAAUGGUAUGCUCUCGUCCGACGUGCGGUCGGCCAUGAAACAAGGGACGCUGACCAACGUCACGCUGGCCCUCGAGCUGCUUCCGUGGCUCGCGUACCCGUCGCUUCUGGACGACGCCGCCGCACGAGGGUGGCUGCCGCUGGUACGGCAGCUCCAUGAGCACGGCUUCUCUUGCUCGACAGAGGCACUGGACAAGGCGGCAGCGAAUGGGCAUCUGGCUGUCGUCGCUUUUUUGCAUGUGCAUCGAAGCGAAGGCUGUACCGUCAAAGCCAUGGACGAGGCGGCGGCCAACGGCCAUUUGGAGGUUGUGCAGUUCCUCCAUGUCAACCGGACAGAAGGCUGCACGGUCAAGGCGCUUGACGAAGCCAUCGCGCUCGGCCAUCUCGACACUGUUCGCUUCCUCGCCGAGCACCGGUCGGAAGGUGCGUCGCCCGCCAUGCUCGAUUUUGCGGCAGCCAACGGUCACCUUGAAGUCGUCCAGUACCUCCACAGCCUUGGCACCUAUGACUGCACUGUCUUCGCUGUCGACGACGCUGCUGGCAACGGCCAUGACGACGUCGUGCGCUUCCUCUUGGCCCACCGAAGCGAAGGCGGUAGCCGAACGCGCGUCGUCGGCAUGGCACUUGAGAACGGCCAUGCGUCGAUCGCAUGGUACUUGCUCUCGCUCGGGUAUCCGUUGCCGACAUUUCAGCUUGCGAUCGUGCGCUACACCAUCGGUGCCAUCCAACUUUUGGUGGCCCAAGGUGCUCCGUGGAGCCCGACAUGGAUGGACGAGGCGUGUACUGAAGGCAAUCUCGAUCUCGUCCAGUACCUCCACAACCACUCGCCUGCUGGCUGCACCACCGCCGCGCUUGACACGGCCGUGAGAAGCAAGGCGUGGACGAUUGUAGAUUUUCUAUUGGAGCAUCGACACGAAGGCGGGUCAGUAUCGGCCGUCAAGGACGCAUGGUGCCAUGGCAGACCUGAUGUCGCGAUGCGUAUCUUGGAGCGCCAGCCCGAGCUUGGCACCAGAGACGUCCUCCACGCUGCUCUGGCGCACGCUGGUCCCGACACCAUUGAGCGGAUGCGUCCGAGCAUUGAUGACGUGCGAAAUGAAAUUUGUGCGAUCGCCGGCGAGCCGCAGCUUGCGACCAAGAGCCAGCGGCUGCUGCCGCUCUGCAUGCACCCGACGGACGCCAUCGACAACGUCCUCUUUCUUCUCGACGUGUUUGAGCUCUCGGAUCGGUGGCGCCCAACGCUGCUCGAGCUUACCGCGCCCGAGCUGCUGACCCAAGGACGAAAGGCCAACUUGAAGCUACUGCCGUCAGUGGAAGCGCACGCAACAUCGCUCUUGCAGCGCGGGGCGGUCGUGGACUGGGCACUGGCCAGUGUUUUCCAAGAUGCCCAGCUCCAGCGAUGGCUCACACACGAUUGCAUGCGCUAG